AUGCUGCCACGGUCGGAGCAUUCGGUAUUCACGCAUGGAGAUAUUGCACCGCGCAAUGUGAUGGUAGACGAAAAGGGCAAUGUUUCUGGAAUUUUGGACUGGGAAACAGCGAUGUGGUAUCCAGACGACUGGGAGCAUGCACAGAUCAUGCGCCCGGCGUUUUGGGGAGAUUUGUCGCUAUGGAUGGAGAAACGCGCUUGGUAUGCACCAGAGCUACCAAUUGUCGUUGCCGUGUUGCCUGCCCCCGAAUAUCACUAG